AUGGCUCGUUACGCUCUCGCUUUCACUGCGCUCUUCGCAAUUGCUCAAGCAAUCAACAUCACCUCCCCAUCUACUAACGGAGAAUGGGAUCUCAGCGAUGGAGCUCAAACUAUCACCUGGACUUCAGUCACUACUGAUCCCCAAACCGUCGAUAUCUACCUCGUCCACAUGGCAUCCAACCCACCUCUCAGCGAUGUUCUCUUCACCAAUGUCGAUAUCACCAAGGGAUCUGAGAGUGUUUCCGGUCUCCAAUUGCCAACCGGUGGCAACUACCAAAUCAACUUCGUUAGCCCAGGAAAGGCAGAGCAAAUCUUGGCUCAAUCCCAACAAUUCACCGUCAAUGGAGUAGCCUCCAGUGCAAGCAGCACACUUGCAGGUUACACUGGUGCGUCCUCUACUUCUUCUUCCGCUUCCUCUACCUCCUCUUCCUCAUCUUCCUCAAGUGCAACCUCAAGCACUUCGAGUGCUUCUACCUCUGGAACCAGCUCUCUAACCUCGAGCUCAGGAUCCGCUUCCGCUUCUUCUACCACCUCUACCGGUACCUCUACCUUCACCUCUACCGGUUCAUCCACCACUGUUACCGGUACCACCACCUCCACUGGAACUGGCUUGGUUACCUCUGCCUCCGCUGCUAGCCAAACCUCUUCCGGCGCAUCCUCUUCCUCCAGCUCCAGCUCCAGUGCAUCUGCAUCUGGUAACGGAGCUGCCGCCACUGGUAUCCCAAUGGUCGGACUUUUGGCUGGUGCCGUUGCUCUUUUCUUGUAA